AUGUUAUUUUUGUUCAUAUCAAAGGAAAAGUUCUUUUUGUUUCCCGUACCUGAGGAUCCUAUAGCGCUGCCGAAAGACGUAAAUUCGAAUCCACUUCGAUGUCCAAUUCGUAUUCAAAUCGACAAAGACGCUGUCCCAUCACAUAUGUUGGAGCAGACCUUGCAACAUUUGCUGUUCUGUUUUGGAUUUUGUUCUAUGGAGUGUUCGGCAGAACAUAAUAGAGAAUAUCCAUUAGAAAGCAGCGAGUCAAGUGGAUCGUCGCUCUACAUCCAUCAAACGGGCGGAAUGUUUGUAUCGCUCGAACGGCCAAGCGAAAAAUUACCCUUUUUCUUCUGGGCUUGGAAUCAUAUGCUCACAAAAAAGUAUCGGCAAGAUAGGUAA